AUGCCUGCUCAGAUAAGCUCUAUCCUCGAUGGUCCCGCCGGCCCUCCUCCGGCCAUCGACAAGCCCAGCUUGCGCAGACUGGCCGAGUCUAUAAGCGCCUUGCCCGAGUUUAGAUUGGCCGCACUCGUCGAGCUCCUGGUCAAGAGCGGAAUCACCGAGAAUGACGCAACGCUCAAUCUUGACCUCGAAUCACUCCCCAUACGUGUAUUCAGACAAGUCUGGCACUGCGUAUACGAUCCUUCUGCGUCCAGCUCUAGUCCAUACGGCCCAAAGCACACGAUACUCGUCGCACAGCUCCAGGAAGACUCCAGACACCAAACCAGUCCUAAGCGCGAGACUCCCCUCGUCCUUCUCCCGUGCGCUACGCCCCCUCUCCCACCACCCACUCACCCAAGCCCGAACCCGACGAGCACAAGGGCAUACAUAAUACUCCGGCUGUACGUCCCUUAUUCGCUUAUUUGGGUCGUCCUUCUUCGUUCUUGUCCCAUCCCGUUUGUUUUGCGAAUCACUGCGUUCGAAGAAGAUGAUGAACUCCAAGACGACGACGACGACGGGUUAGAGCUCGGUCCAGGCCCUUCCACAGUUCCGGCCAAACGUAAAGCUCCGAGCUCGAGUUCUUCGAAACAAAAGAGCGCGCACACAUCUUCCUCUCCGCCACCCCACACCCAUACCCAUACCCUCGCACACCCUCACCCUCCACAAUCCUCGGGACGACCGGCGAUUAAAUGCAACUACACGUCCCCCAUCCCAGACUUCCCACCCUGCACACGCACCUUCUCCCGCGUAGCAGACAUGCGAAGGCACAUUGAGCAUCAACAUACCGAGGAAGAAGCCCAAGCCACGAUCGACGGCAAGAUCACAAAGACUCAGGCGACACUAUUGGGUGAAGAUUGGAAAGGGACGAUUAAAAAGCCGACUUGCGAAGGGUGGGUGCUGACGGGGGUAUGGUUUAUGCUCAGCGGGCAGACAUUCUCGCGGAAAGACGCAGUCAAGAGACAUCAGACCGAAACGGGCGCACGGGUUGUGGAUGGCGUCUGCGUUUCUUGCCCUGGCUCAGGGAACGGCGCUGGAGCAGGGAAGAAACGCGCGAGGCGUAAAUGA